AAUAUUGCGACAACGGUUUUCGUGUAUUAUAAUUAUUUUGUAUUUAGCUUUUGCAACGUGUUCCUGCCUUGAACGAUACAAAGAACGCGGAGUUUUGAGACUUGUGAAAUUUUAUUAUCGACUUAUUCGCGCGUAAUAUAUUUUGCAUACUUGGUUACACACAGCUCAACAUUUGUCAAAACAGAUAUCGGAGUAUCCUGUUGUACAAUCUCGCUUCAAUAUGUAAUUGAAAACAUCCGCGAUAACGAGCAUCGAUCCGAAUGAAUAAUAUCGGCGCGGGUCUACUCCAAUGCUGCAUGUUUUGUCCAUCGUAACUAUGACUACAACUUAGCUAAGAGAAGUCCGGCCAAAUCGUAGAAGAAACGCUCAACGUAAGUGCGGAUUCGCGAUAUCGCUGGCCACAUUAAAAGCCACUUUAUCGAAAUGAAUGACAAAGAUGACAGUGCCUGGGUGUUCGAUUCUUUGAUUGGAUUUCUGCAAGGUCCUAUUUGGUCUUCGCCUCUGAUGACCUUCAUCGAAGAGAAAUCCCUUGUUUUCGAGGCGAAUACUGAAGAUUGCGAGGAGUAUCGGAAGAUAUACCAGGAGUAUAAAAAUUUAGUUGACCUGUUGUUAGGAUGCUUCAUGGAAGAUAUGAGUAUCACGCCGGAACAAUUCGAGCAUGCAUGCUCCGUUAACAAAAACACAAAAAUUCCCAUACAAUUUCAACAAAAUCUGUUCGAACAAAUAUGGGCUGCGAACGAAUAUGAGAUAUUCAAAAGAAUGAUGAUACAGAAGAACUUGGAGCUUCAAUUGCAGGCGCUAAAUAUGAUCGAACAAAAGUAUGGUCUUACACCCGCCUCCUUCGUAUACGAGACGGAUGGCUUGCAUGAUGAUGAAUUGGUCAUGGAAGACUUAAUACAUAAACACGUUUUAAUAGAUCAGAGCAAAGAAGAACCCGGCAUAUCUCCGGAAACGUUAUUCGUUGCUGAACACGAGCGUUUGGCUGCCGAAUAUUAUAAUGAAAGAGCACUGUUAGAGGAAGCAUUAAGGAAGUCACAAGAUGCUUCCAGGAACGCUUCAGACGACGAAUCAACAGAGGAGAUCGAGUGUGCUUCUCGUGAAAAAGAGCCAGUGGAGAAAUUCCGUCCAAUGAGGAGAUUCGAGCCGCUUAAUCCGAUACCGACUCCAAAAAAAGAAUCCAACGAAGAAUCCAAUGGGAUGAACGCGGAGGAUAUUAAAAAGAGACAAGAUUAUUUGAAAGCUAGACGAGACAAACUCGUAGCUUUGAAGAAGGAAGCUAGGAGUCAGCAAUUAGAAAUGAAUAAAACUCGACCAAGUUCGGCCAGAGUGGUGGCCGAAGCAACCAUGAAAGGUCAAGAACUGGAAGCAGCUCAAGCGGUAGAUCCGUCGUUACUUCAAGUACGAAGGGCUCUCGCCGCCCGACUGAAAGCUGAAGUUGUACAUAAGUAAAUUCAAUCUUACGCACGACGAUUCGUAAUACUAAUCACAGAUACAAGUUUUAAAUUGCGCAAUUAUAACACGUAGAGAUAACGUUUUUAGUCUUCUUCUCCUUUUCUCUUUCGGGAAGUGUGCAACAUGCGAAAAGCUACAAAUCUUUUCAAUAUUUACCUCGUUGCUUGAAAAAUAUCUUUAUUUCUGAACAAUUAUAUUAUAAGAGAAUAGGAAACAUAAAACUAAGGUAUAUCCGCUCGUAUACUAUCAUUGUUUCUUAUUCGAUAUCUGCAAUUUCAAAGUUGCAUACAAUUUGAAAUUGCAUUUAAUAAAAGGAAAGUACUGGGUUUUCAAAAAGUGUCUCCUCAUUGCAACAUCCUUGCGUAAAAGUAUGUUUUGUAAUCAUAAGAUAUUUAGUAAUAAUUCAUCGUGCGCAUAAUCCUAUUAAAUGUAUGAACAAAUAAACAUAAAAUAAUGCAUGGAAA